AUGGCCGACUCGAGCAGCAGCGACUCGUCGCCGGACCGCGCGCCGCCGCUGCACGUCAUGGCCGACAGCAGCGACAGCGACUCGUCGCCGGACCGCGCGCCGCCGCUGCACGUCAUGGCCGACAGCAGCGACAGCGACUCGUCGGACCGCGCGCCGCCGCCGCGCGCCACGGCCGACUCGAGCAGCGACGGCGACGGCGCGCCGGACGCCUUCCUCGCCGCGUCGUCGAGCGGCAGCAGCGACGGCGACGACGCGCCGCGCGGCGCCGCCGCCGAAGCGCGCAUGGACGGCGUCGACGCCUACGGCCGCGUCGCCGGCGAGGCGCACACGGCCGCGCCGCUCGAGGCGUCGCGGGCCGCGCGGCUGUCCGGCCUCGAGUCCGCGAGUUCGCUGUACGCGCUGCAGCAGGUGCUCCAGCGCGACGACGGCGCGGCGACGGGCGACGCGCUGAGCGCCUUCGCGCGGGGCGUCCACGGCCGCGACGCCGCGGUGCUCGCCGUCGCCGACGCGUGGGCCGCGCGGUCGCCGCACCUGGGCGAGCUCUGCCGCGCGUUCCGCGCGCGGUGCGGCCCGUCGGACGACGCCAAGGCCCUCGGCUGCCUCCGCGCGCUCGCGGCGCUCCUGCCGCGGCUGCCGGCGGCCGGCGCGGCGGCGGUCUGGGCGACCGUCGCGCGGGAGUGGGGCGCCGCGUGCCAGAAGAGCCUGCGGCGGACGCACGUCGCGCUGCGGCAGGCGACGCUCGGCGCGCUCGAGGUCUGCGCGCGGUCCGUCGGGGCCCCGGCGGCGCGCGUCGUCCUGCGCUGGAUCGACGACGACGACGUCUGGCGGACGCUGGCCGCGCCGGGCGCGCGCGCCGCGCCCCGGGGCGACCGCCGGGGCGCGUCGACGCGGCAGCAGUGCGUCCGCGUCGCCGCGGCCGUCGUCCGCUUCGGCGACGCGAGUACGCGGGCCGACGCGUGCCGCGACGGCGGCGUCGUGCGCUUGGUCGUGGCGAAGCUCGCCGACGACGCGCCGCGGCACGCGAAACUUCUGCUCGACGCGCUCCGCGCCGCGUCGGACCGCGACGCCGUCGGCGUCCUCGCGGCCGCCGAGGGUCUGGCGAGCCUGCGGAGCCUCGCGGCCCUCGACGCGUCGACGCGCGCGGGCGACGGCGGCGCCAAGGCCUGCGCGAAGGCCGCGCGGCGCUGGCUCGCGAAAUUGGCGACGCGCGAUGUGUGGCUCGCCUGGGCCGCGCGCGGCGAGCCGCGGCCCGCGCACCGCCGCGUGCUCCGCGCGCUCGACGCGACGGAGCCGUCGCAGCGCGCCGCGCUCGCCGGCGCCGUCGCCGCGGCGCCGCCGCUCCUCGAGGCGUGGCUCGCCGUCGGCGCCCGGGGCGCGCUCACGGCGACGCGGCCCUGGGACGCCAAGCCCGGCGAGCCCUGCGCGCCGCGCGCGCUCGCGGGCUGCGACGCGCUCGGCGCCGUCCUCGCCGCCGGCGGCGCGGGCGCCUCCGGGGCCUACGACCGCGCGGCGCGGCCCCGCGACGUCGCCGUCGCGGCCGUCGCGCGGUGCCUCCCGCCCGAGGACGUGCUCUCGAAGAAGGAUCUGGGCCGGGGCCUCAUGCACGGCGACCCGGCGGCGAACCGGGCCGCGCUCGUCCUCGUGUUGCGCGUCCUCGACCGCUUCGCCGCGGAGCGCGGCGCCGCGGUGGAAAUCUUCGGCGGCUGCUCCGGCGCCGCGGAGCGGCCGCCCGUCAAGGCCAUCCUCGAGGUCGCGAAGCGGCUGCUCGAGGGCGAGGACUUCGACCUCGAACCGCACCGGCGGCGCGAGAAGCCCGGGCGGCGCGUCGACUACGAGUGCCGCGCGCUCCUCCGGACGCGGCUCCCGGAGCUCCAGACGUUCCUCGGACUCUUGCCGCGCGCGGGCGCGCCCUUCGCCGAGGUCCACGGCCUCUUGCUCGCCGCGCUGCUCCGCUACGCGCGGGAGCUGCCCGAGGCCGUCGCGGCGGGGCGCUUCGACUUUUGCAAACUCUGCGCGCGGGGCUUCGACGAGGCCUGGCCGGCGGCGCUGCUCGCGCCGCUCGCGCGCCUCGCGCGCGCCGUCGACGGGCCGCGGCUCGCGCGGGGCGACGACCCCGCGGCGCGCCGGUGCCGGGACCGCGUCGUCGACGCCGUCGCCGACGGCGAGGCGCCCGUCGCGGCCGCGGCCGCGCGGUUUUUGGAAGAAGCGCUCGCGCGCGAGGGCCUCGACGGGACGGAGAUCGCCGCGUGGGUCGACGCGCUGGCGGCGGCCCCCGUCGGCGCGAGCUUCGGCGCCGCCUGGGACGCCGCGCGGGACCACCGCGGCGCCUUCGAGGGGACGUCCGGCGCGCCGCCGCCGGCCGUCGGCGGCGCGGCGAGACCGCCGCGGAAGCGCGACCGCGACGCGCCCGCCGUCGACGUCCUCAACGCCUACGUGCGCCGCCGCGAGGAGGUGCCGGAGGCGGCGCCGCCGUCGCUGGGGCGGGCGCUCCUCGGCGCGGCGCUCCGGCGCGGCGACGGCGACCCGGGCUUCGCGCCGACCGCGGUCCUCGCCGCGCUCGACUACUACUACGCGGGCCGCGGCGACGCCGCGCGCGCGGCGCUGGCGGCCGCGGCGCCGACGGCCCCGCCCCUCGUCGCGCUCGGGGCCUUCCUCGACGGCGGCGACGGCGCCGGCGACGGCCUCGCGAGCUGCCUCGCGCGCGCGCGCCGCGGCGACGGCGCGAGCCUGCGAGACUUUUUGGAGGCCGCGCCGCGGCCGCCGGCGCGCGCCGUCGGCCGCUGCGUCAUGGCCGCGACGGCCCUGGACGCGGAGCGCGGCGACGCGGCGCUCCUCGCGCCGCUGCGGUCGCUGCUCCGCGACGCGCUCGCCGUCGCGGGCGCCGCGGAGGCGUUGGACGGUCCGCUCUUCGGGUCCGCGCUGGCGCUGAGCGCCGCGGGGCCGGCGCUCCUGCGGCCGCUCCUCGGCGACGUCUUCGAGGCCGGCGGCGGCGGGGCGCGCGCGGCGGCGCUGAGCCGGCGGUGCCUCGACGCGGACCUAAUGGCCGCCGCGCCCGACGCCGUGCGGCUCGCCGCCGUCGCCUCGGCGCGCGCGGACGUCGCCGCGGCGGCGGGCGCGGCGCUCGCGGCGCCGACGCCCGCCGCGGCGCGGCGCCUCCUGGACCUCUGGGCCGCGGCGCCCCACGCGGCGCUCGACGCGGCCGUCGCGGCCGUCGCGGGCCGCGUCGCUCUGGCCGCGUGCGCGGGAGGCAGCCGCGACGCGUGGGUCGCCGCGGCGCUCGCGCGGCCGACGCCCGGCGGCGACGCCGCGCUCGCGGGCCUCUGCCGCGGGUCCGCGGCCGCGCGCGCGAAAGCCCUCGCGGCGCCGGCGGCGCGGCUCCGGCGGCCCGCGGUCGCCGAGGCGCUCGCGGCGCACGGCGCCGCGGGCGCGACGCGCGACGACGCCGCGUUCGCGGCCUUCGCGUCGGACGUCCUCCCGGGCGUCGCGCUCGCGCACCUCGACCGCGCGCCGCUCUGCCGCGUCGCGCUCGGGCUUUUAGCCGACUUCCCGCCGAACGAGGCGGGGCUCUUCGGCGCGUUUUCGUCCUUCGACUGCUCCGUCGCCGGCGCGGCCUACCUCGAGGCGCUCGGCGCGCCGCUCGACGGCUUCCUCGCCCACCACUGCGCGCCGGGCGGCGACGUCGCCGUCGCGCGGCGCCUCGCCGUCGCCGGCGCGGCCGCGGCGCCCGCGGCCGCGGCGGCCGCGGUCGACGCGGCGCUUUUGGAUCCGACCGCGGCGGCGCUCGACCGGGCGAGGUACAUGGCGCAGGCCUGCGAGCAGGCCUGGGACGCGACGGCGCGCGUCGCGUCGGGCGCCUUCGCCGCCGCGCUCGAACGCGGCGCGACGCGCCUGCCCGCGCUCCGGCUGCUCCUCGCGCUCGCGCCGUCGACGCGCGUGUCGACGCGCGACGGCGCGGUGCUCCGGCGCCUCGCGCUCCGCCGCUACGGCGCGACGCUGCGCGUCGAGGACCGCGUCGCGCUGCGCGCGCUCCAGGCCGGCGGCGCGACCGUCGACGGGCCGGAGCUCCGGGCCUGGGCCGAGGCGGCGUCCGGCGGCGCCGCGGCGCCGGGCGGCGCGUGGCUCUUCGACGUGUUAGACCGGGAGGCGCUCGAGCGCGCCGCCGCGGCCUUCCCUCUCCGCCGCGCGGCCGUCGACGACGAGGAGGACGACGACGGCGACGACGACGACGGCGCCUCGGCGGACGGCGGCGCGGGCGACGGCGACGGCGCGAGCGACGGCGAGAGCGGCGGCGAGAGCGACAGCGUCGACGACGACGCCGACGCGCCCGUCGACGACGGCGACGACGACGACGACGGCGCGGGCCCCGGCGCCGCCGGCGACGACGGCGGCGGCGGCGACGGCUCCGACGACGACUCCGACGACGACGGCCUCAGCGUCGCGUCCGGCGACGGCGACGGCGCCGCCGCCGACGGCCGCUACGACCCGCGGUUCCUGCUGCCCGUGGGCUUCGCCGCGCUGCGCAACGCCGGCGCCGCCGACGCCGCGCGGCUCGCGCGGCGCGCGCACGAGGGCGGCUUCCUGGCGUACGCCGUCGCCGCGACGGCGUCGGCGCGCGCGUCGACGCGGGCCUACGCCUUCGGCGUGAUCGACGCCGUCGCGGCCGCGUGCCGCGGCGACGCGUGCGCGCGGGACCGGGGCUUCGGCGCGCGGCCCGUCGUCGCGCGCGUGCUCGACGCGCUCCGCGCGGGCGCCGCGGCGGGCCCGCGCGGCGCCGCCGCGGCGCCGGGCGCGCGGCGCGGCGCGCCGCGGCUGCCCGCGCUCGCCGCGCGCGUCGCCGCGGGCUGCCUCGCGGCGCUCGACUCGCCGGAGCGCGACGGCUACGCGGCCGCGCACGCCUACGCGCUCCGGCGGCCCGCGCUGCGGCCCUGGCGCGACGUGCCCCUGCUCAAGGAGGCGUUGGGCAUCAAGGAGUCGCGCUGCGGCUUCGUCGCCGUCAAGCCCUUCACGUCGCUGACGCCGGAGAGCGCGCGCGCGAAGCGCGAGCGGCGCUGGGCCAUGCGGCUGCUCCGCGAGGGCUGCGCGGACGACGCGUCGGGCCGGCUGUUGCGGAACUCCCGCGCGCUGCCGCGGCUCUUCGCGCACGUCGACUGCGUCGGCACGGGCGGCUGGGACGAGGAGCUGGGGCGCCUCGCGUUCCACGGGAACGUGCCGCCGGGCUGCGCGUCGCUCUUGGACGAGCCGAAGCGGACGCUCCGGCGCGUGAAACGGGACGUCCGCGACUGCCUCGAGGACGCGCACGCGCUCCUCGGCGCGGCGCUCGCGACGCGGGCCGCGCGGCGCGCGUGCUUCCACGAGGUCGGCGCGACGCCGUGGCUCGGCACGCACGUCUUCAUGGAGCCCACGGGCGAGGGCAAAAACUGGGCCAAGGUCGCGCGCUACGCGGGGUGGCUCGCCGCGAUCUUCGCCGAGGCCGCGCGCGACGACGACGUCCUCGAGCGCGCGCCCCUCUUCUUCACGGACCUGUCGUCGCAGACGCGCAAGGUCCUCGACUGCGUGACGGACGCGGACGACGCGCGCGUGCUGCCCGAGGGCUACGAGCGCGCGCCCCGGCGGCGGACCGCGGACCUCGCGCCGCUGGCCUACGCGAGCGGCCAGCUCACGCGGCGCGAGACGCGGACGGAGGCGGACGCGCGGCGCCGCGAGGCCGACGACGUCUUCUCCGACGAGGACGUCGACUACCCGGACCUCGACCUCGGCGAGGUCGUCGCGGGCAUCCGGAAGCAGCUCGAGGUCGAGAAGCGGCACCGCGAGCGCGACGCCGAGGACCGCGACGCGCCGGAGAGCUCCGACGACGACGAGGCCGCGCCCGCGGCGGCGGACGACGCGCGGUGCGCCGCGUUCGCGGCGACGGACGCGCUGCUGCUGCUCCACUACCGCCUAUCGAACCGGCUCAAGCCGCCGCCGCCGGCGGACGAGACGGACCUCGUGCCGGCGAACCUGGAUUUCGGCUACGUCGUCAAGGACUGCUACUUCUACGUCUUUGGAAUGGACGGCGCGCCGGCGAAGCGCGCGUCGACGCCGCUCGACGCGGAGAUCCUCGCGCUCGUCGUCGCGAACCGCUGCGAGCUCGGCGAGCUGCACCUCGGCGCCUUCUACGGCGACGACGGCGACGACGGCGGCGACUGGGCCGACACGCCGGAGCUCGCGGAGCUCCGGCGGAAGCUCGCCGAACUCGACGCGGACGAUUCCGCGGCCGCGGAGCGCGCGGAGGGCCGGCGGCGCGACCUCGCGGACUGCGCCCACGUCCUCGACUUCGUCGUCGACACGCUCGUGCUCGCGCCGCGGGGGCGCGCCGUGCACCCGCGCCGCGGCGCGGUCGCGGCGCUCAAGUUCGCCGCGCGCGCCGCGCGGACGUCCGAGGACCACCGGCGCGCGUGGCUCGCGAGCGUGGCCUUCGCCAAGGUCCUCGCGCUGCGCGGCCGCCGCGGCGUCGGCCUGGGCCUCUUCGGCGGCGACGGCGGCGCCGCCGCGGGCGCCGGCGCCUUCGUCCGCGGCGACGCCGCCGGCGCGCGGCCGGGCGCCGCGUGCGCGCUCGACGCGCUCCUCGCGGACCCGCUCCUCGGCGACGACGACCGCAUGCCCCGCGGGCUCCUCGAGGCCCUCACGGACGACGCGCUCCUCGACGCGCCGCGGCCCGCGUCCGACGCGGACGUCGGCCGCGUCCGGAGCGUCCUCGAGGCCGCGGCCGCGGACCGGUGCGGGGCCGCCUGA